GAGGCGCGCUGCUCCAGGCAGAAGGCUGCUCCCCCUCCCCCGGGUCGUCGCGCCGCCCGAUGCAUGGGGAAUUCGGUGGACUGCUGCGAGCAGGUGGAGGACUCGGCGAUCACGACCGCGGCCCCCGACCUCUUGUGCUUGGAGGCCGCGGCCGUGCUGACGGAGACCAAGGGGGACUGGCCGUCGAGCUUCCAGGCGGCUGCGCCCGGCCCGCCGCCGGUCGAGGACGAGACCUACCAGGUGAGGCUCGUGAGGCAGGACGGCGAGAGGCUCGGGCUCGACGUGGAGACUACAUGCAGGGUCGCGCGGUGCUCCCGAUCGUCGGGCUGUGCGGGGGGAUGGCCAGGGCGUGGAACCGGGCCAACCCCUACGCGCCGCUGCGCUACGGCGACGCGCUCGUGCGGGUGAACGGCGCCCGGGGCGCCACCGAGAUGCUGGAGAGGUGCAGGGACGACGAGGCUCUGGAGCUGACCCUGCGGACGCAGCUGAACUGCAGCGCCCUCGUCGCCGACCUCGAGAAGCUGAUACGGCAGAGGAGGUGCGGGCCGGUCCUGGUGCGGCUUUCCUUCCAUGACGCUGCCGUCUACAGAGCCAGCCCGGCCGCCGUGGCCCCCGAUGGCCGCGCCAAUGCGGCCAUGCGCUUCCUGGACGCGGGCGAGUCCAGAUUCCCGGCGAACAGGGGGCUCCCCGAGGUUGCGAUACCGUUGCUCUCGAACAUCUCGGGGAAGUACUGCCCAGACCUCAUCUCGCACGCGGACCUGUGGGCGCUGGCCGCGAACGUGGCAAUCCGCCUGAUGGGGGGAUCAUCGAACAUCCCCACGCGCUUCGGCCGGGCGGACGCCAGGUCAUCGGCCGAGUCGGUGCAGUCUCAGGUGGGGCGCCUGCCGGACACGAGCAUGGAGGCGGAGCCUCUGCGGCGGCUCUUCUCGUCCAAGGGCCUCGGCGACAGGGACGCCGUGGCUCUGCUGGGGGCGCACGCGCUGAGCAGGCCCGAGUGUGGCGCCGCGCCGGCGGAGAGGUGCUUCGACAACGCGUACUUCGGGGGCCUGCUCCAGUGGUCCGCCGCGGAGCACCCGAAGUCGAGCCCGGAGGGCAGGUGCCUCGCCGCCCACGCGGGCAUGAGUUGCUCUGAUCUGGCGCUGGUGCAGGACGCGGGCUUCAGGGAGCACGUCGAGGUGUACGCUACGGACAGGGACGCGUUCUUCACGGCCUUUUCCAAAGGGUGGGCGAAGCUGCAAGAGCUCGGGUGGCCGAAUCUUCGGGAUUCUCUCUGAGGAGGAAAAUCCUCCUCUCACAGUGGGCAGAAGUUAGAGGACUCCGCGCCCACUUCCUUGGCCGCAACGGUUUCACCCGCUCGCGCACUGCUGUGGCGUUAGCUCGCCUCAGCCGCAGUAUCUCAUCCUCGUCUUCCUCCAUCUCCUCCUGUUCAUCCUUCUCCUCCAUUCCUUCUC